AUGGUGGGCGCCGCGCGGGCGAGGCUGCGGGGGUUGCGGAGGGGCUGGGAGGGGGGCGAAACCAUUGCGCCUGGCCUGGGAGGGGUGCGGCUGUCGCAGCACGGGAGGGGCCUCGUUGCUGUAUCGGGGGGCAUUUCCCUCCGCGGCAAUCGGCGAGGCCCCGCUGGGCGCUCCGGGUAUGGCGCCGCCGGCCCCGUCCCGUCCUCUUCCCGCUCGGCGCUAAAUGGCGCCUGGUCCCUCGAGGCCGUGGCGAGGCUGUGUAGCCUUGUAAAUUUUUGCUCUUCUAAACAGACCAAGAAGAGAAGGAACAACGGCCGUGCCAAGAAGGGCAGAGGCCAUGUCCAGCCUAUCCGCUGCACCAACUGUGCUCGCUGUGUCCCCAAGGACAAGGCCAUUAAGAAGUUUGUCAUCAGAAACAUUGUAGAAGCAGCUGCAGUCCGAGAUAUCUCUGAAGCAAGUGUCUUUGAUUCGUAUGUGCUUCCCAAGCUCUAUGUGAAGCUUCAUUAUUGUGUCAGCUGUGCCAUCCACAGCAAGGUAGUGAGGAACCGUUCCCGUGAGGCCCGGAAGGACCGUACCCCUCCACCCCGGUUCAGGCCUGCAGGUGCUGCACCAAGACCACCCCCCAAGCCUAUGUAAGGAAUUUGCCUGAGUGAUGUAAAUGUUUUAACAUUGACUCAAUAAAUUACUUUCCAC